GCAGUGGAUAUACGGACCAACUGACAUCCACCCUUGAACAGUCUCCAUAUCCCCAUCAACCCAACAAGCUCAUCAAACAUCUUCCACCUCCCUUCAACACUCGAAAUACCUUCGUCGACCUUAACACGAUGCCUCCAACAAUACCUCCUCAAACUCUCAAGCGAAUCAACCGCGAACUACUGACGAUUCAAAGCGAACUUCCCGAGGGGAUCCUAUCAGUCGGCCCGAAAUCGCUUGCGAACAUCUACGACUGGCAGGGCUCGAUUGCUGGUCCUUCAGGAUCCUGUUAUGAGCAUGGCGUCUUUCACUUCAACAUCUUACUUCCUCACGAUUAUCCCUUCCAUCCUCCUCAGGUCUCCUUCAAAACUCGCAUCUUUCAUCCAAAUAUAAACCCCCAGGGCGGAAUCUGUCUGGAUAUCUUGACUCAUAAAUGGUCUCCUGCAUUAAGUAUUCAAAAGGUUUUGCUAUCAAUCAUAUGCUUGCUUACCGACCCGAAUCCACAAGACCCGCUUGCACGAGACAUCGCACGGCUUUACAUCUCAAACCGACGCGAGUUUGAAGCAACAGCGAAACGAUGGGUAGAUAUGUAUGCCCGUCCACCACCCCCAGCAAUCUCCGAGAAGGUGACAGAAGAGCCCAAGAAAGCGCCUCUCAAGAGCACGACUCAAAAAUCCAAGCCUGCGAUUAUUGAUAUUGAUGAUGAUGAGAUCGAGGUGGUCAAGCCUGGCCAAACUACUCAGUCUCUUCAGACUGCUACUACCUCACGAAAGCGCAGCGGGGAGUACAGCAACACUCUUCAGACCGCUACCACCUCAAGGAAGCGAAGCGGAGACUACAACAAUAAUGCCACAAGCUUAUCCUCCGGCGGUCCUUCUACUCCUGUCGAAUCCGAGUCGAAUCCGCAAGCCAAGCGGCCCCGUAAACAAGUCAUUGAACUUGAUUGAUCUCAGCCUCAGAUUAAUUGGACUAUCAUUUACAUUUUCAUCAGGCGUGUAUGCCUAUCGAACGCUCAAUCCCAUGUUAUUCAAUCAUCAUCGUCACCACCACUCACCCUCCUUAUCCUCCUCAUUUCCUACUCUUCAACCAACAUUUUUAUCAUCAUUCUUGUCCUUUUCCAUAUUCAUUUUUUUUACACCGUCCGUAUGUUACAAGACUCAAUAUAUGGACAUCCGAACAAGCCAUCAUCCAUCGUGAAUUGAUCAAGUUGUUACCAAAUCUUAUCCGUCUGCUCUCGAAUCGCCCCCGAAAACCAUCCUGAGUCAUCCGCCUAAUAUAUCGAUGAGAUAGAGUCUUCCAACCCUCUCCUACUUCUAUGUUGUAAAUAACUUGUUGUUUUUUCAUUUUACUAUCAUCAUGUAAUCCAAAUCAGUUUCUUGGUUGCAUCUUCAACGUAUAUUUAUCGGCAUGUAGUCGGAAGACAUUGAAGUUCAAAUCAUCACCGAAUCAUCAUCCCUCAUCAUCUUAUUUAUCUGCUAUCCUGGACUAUAUAUAUAUAUAUAUAAAUGCGAUGAAGAUGUAGUUCUUGUUCCGAUGCGGUUUCCAUCUGCAUCAGAUUCUUCGCCUCAUCGCUGAGUUGGUUCCCCUCCACAUUCUCAUUCAUGUAUCCUCAAUCUAUUCUCAUCAACAUCAAUGUAAAAAAAAAGACAC